AUGCCUCAUUUUGAUGCUCAUCCUCUGGAUCUGUGGGAAGACGGAGUCCAGCUGAGAAGGGUUCGCGGUGCCCAAAGUGAAGACUCCAGCGAUGUGCUGUGGACGGACCAGAACCAGGAACAAGUCCAGAACGUCUUCAAAAGGUUCCUGUUUCAUUAUUCCAAAGGACGGAACUCUGUGGGGGCGCUGCAGCAGGAGCCUCAUUCAGUUCAUCCUCUGCUGCGGCUUUCACCCAAACUCUCCCAGAGGAGAAAGAAGAAGGUGAUUCUUCUGAAGAUCCGAGCUUUGCCCGAAGGGAUCUAGUGCGGCGGGAAUCUGACCGACGAC